GGGAAGACUUACAGUCUUCCUUCUCAGCAAAAGUCUAUUUACCACACGUACUCUGUGUUUGGAUCUUAUUUCAGAUGUGAGCAAUGUGACUCAGACCUUACUGAAUACUAUACAAGGCUGUCCAAAUUAGCGGAGGAGCUGCGUGUUCUUUUCCUGGUAACUCCUGAUGUUAAAGUUCAGGAGGAGCUGUUAGCAAAAAUGGAUGUGAUGACGUUUAUUUCAUGUCUAUCUCCCAGGUACUCAAAUUCUCUUCCUUUGCUCAUGAGUCACAUUGCCUCUCAAUCUCUGGCCUCGACAUACCAUCUUGCACAGGAAAUGUAUACGGACAAUUCAGUAACACAAUCAUCUACUGGUACAGAUGCGUCUUCUUUUACAGCUUUUAAUGCCCAAAAUAAUGGAAAAGGUGUGAAUCAUAAGUAUGAUCCCAAUAAGAAGAUCCAAUGUCAUUACUGCAAAGAAUAUGGACACACCAAGUAUAAUUGUCCAAACCGAAUGCCUGAAUCUUAUCCACCCCCGCGUCCUCCUCGUGCUCAAAUAACAUCCAUUGAUGAUACAACAGAAGUUUACCCUGAAGCUUCUGGACAGGUAGCAUCAACUCCUUGUGCUAUUACAUCACACCCAGGAACUAGGGACGAACUGGUUGAUUGGCAUAGGUUUUGAGUCUCAAGGCCUAUAUCGCUUUUCUGAUCCACAAUCUCCUUUGGCAUACUUAAGUGAAUCCAGUGUUCGUGAAGCUCAUUGUCAGCUUGGUCGUCCUUCUUUACCUGUUCUCAAGCAACUUAGACCAUAUUUGUUACCUUUUCAUGAGUUCUUUUGUGAGUCAUGUCAGUUAGGGAAACACACCUGUCAUCCUUACCCCCCCCCCCCCCAAAGAAUCUAAACGUGUGAGUACUUUA